CGCAUCGCCUUCGUUUGACCUCCUCUGGUGAACCCCCAUCUUCUGCUCCUUGCGCAUACCAAACCUCCAGCCCAAUCACCGCCAACUAGUUCACCGCCACCAUGCCUAUCUUGACUCUACUAUUCAGUGCCUUGAUCUUACUCGCCGCGACCUUCAAUGGCAAGGACACGCUCCUUCACGGGUUUGGCAAGGUCCAGAAUGCCAUGGACGUGGCGUUCCAGUCCUUCUACCUCCCCGUCGGCUCGCUUCGCGACUGGAACUAUCCUCGGACACCGCCUGGGAGGUCGCCCGACGUCUUCGCUAUCUUCGGCGAGGGCGAGUACACUGCUAUCGAAUACCUCGACUGGUACCUCGCCAACGGGACCUCUACCGUCUGGUCUGGCGAUGCGCUCCACAACGUCAGCACCCUAGAGUGGUUCGUCGAGGACGACUACAAGACAUCUGGUCCCACUGGGUCUGCUCUUGGUCUUUCGCUGGACUCUGCUGAUGGCCUUGACGACGCAUCGUACCUGAACCUGACCGACUCUCGUCUGCGCUGCUACAUCGACGUCGAGAACCGCCCUCUCCCUGCGUCUCCCUCGAGCUCUACUGUCGGCGUCGCCUCCUCUACUAGCUCGUCGAAGGAGUCUUCGACCUCGGCCCCUGAGCCGCUGACCACCCAGUCAGCCUCUGCCGGCAGCGAGACCAACAAGACGGCGAGAUGCUUCCACGGAGAAGACUACGUUGCCUCGGCCACCGGCACCUUCGCUCUUCCCACCUCCGUCGUCGACUCGUCCGCCGCGCUCACCGGCAUCGUCUUUGGUCCCUCGCCUGUGCCUACUCCCGCUGGUCCCUCGCCUGUACUGCACUCCACCGUACCCUCCCCCACGGGUCCCGUCGCCUCUGACAACGCCGAGGACAGCAAGCACGAUGACUCCGGCUUCGUCUCUUUCAUCUUCGCAUGCCUGGAGGCUGUCCGUGAGCUCCUCGGUCUGCCGCAGCACAAGUUCUACCCCGUCAUCGUGCUCCCUAUCCCCGUCCUGUUCGGAUGGUGGGCGGAAGGUCGAUUCGAGAAGGACGAUGGACAGAACGAGGAGGACGACCAGGACUGCGAGGAGGCGCCUGAAGAGCAGGAGCAGCACGAGCGUGGGCCUGGAGAGGACAAGCAGUUGAGCUUCGACGCCGUCCUCCCUAGCCUUGCCUUCGAUGCCAGCUUCGACCUUGAGGCUGGCGGCUCACUCGCGGCUGCCGCAUGGGCCGGGGCGGACAUCAGCCCCUCGCCUACUUUCUGAGAUUUUCUCAACUUCCCCAAUCCUUUCAUAUGCAUGGGUCUCGGUUCGGUUUCCUUCUGCAAGCAUACUUCCUCUUGGUUUGGUCAACAAGAAUAUCACUAUUCCCCACCAUUUCCUGCAUCGCCUUGGUUCCAAUCCUAUCUGCAAGCAUCUAC